AUGAGCCUGUCUCUUGCUGUUCUGCUCCUCUUGACGCCACUGACAGCCAACGCCGAUUUUGGUCCCUCCUCGGCAGCCACAACGCAACCCAUUCCAGGACUUACACGCCCCCAAAUUCAAGGCAAGGACAUUGGUGGUAAAAAACUCAAACAACUCAUUGGAUCUACCAUUGAUGAAACCCGUCUCGAGCAAUUUGGUGCGCAGCUCGACGAUGUCAUUGAAGCACUCAAACAACGCAAGGCAACCGCUUCAGAUGACUACUUUUACACGUCCAUGGACGAAGAAGAAUUGCUCAAUGCCGAACAAUUGCAAGCACAAAUUGUAUCCAGAGAAAAACUACUCGACAAGCUAGAAGCACAGCCGUACUGGUUCAAUUAUCUCGCCGCAUUUAUUGGUAGUGUGGCAUCCACCUUGGUCAUGCAUCCCGUCGAUACCAUCAAGACACGACUUCAAAUUGCCAACAAUGGUGGGGCAGACAAAGAUGAUGAAGACGAUGAUGAAGAAUGGGAAGUGAUGGCUUCCAAUACCCCGAACAACAAUGGAUACCCUCACGCCAAGGACGGCCUCGUACCAUUGGUCUCUUCAGCCUCCUCGGCGACACUUGUAGAACGAGUCACGGAGCGCUCCAGCUCUAGCACUAGCAGCAUCACCUACAACAUGAGUGAUUUGCAGCCAGAAGAACAAGUCGCACUGUUGGACGCUGCUCCGGUGGCUGUACUCACAAAAGAAGAAGAACUCGAACACGACAAUGUUGUGGAACCACAGCUGCAUUUGGACAGCAGUGACGCCGCAUUGGUCAGAGAUGCCGUGACCAAACAAGCCGUCAAGGACGAUGACGAUUUCUUCACUCUCUUUGCCAGUCUCUACGUGGGGCUCACGGGAAAUCUAUUAAAGGAAGGACCGCCAUCCGCACUCUACCUCGGGGUCUACGAGUCGGUCAAGUACAGUCUCUUGCCUCGUACAAGUCCGGAACUACUGCUGCUCGUGUACUUGGUGGCCGGGGCCGCAGGAGAAACGGUAGGAUCCGUCGUGAGGGCUCCUGCCGAAGCCGUCAAGUCCUUGGUGCAAUCGGAGUCGGCCGACUCGGCAAUGGCGGCGGUCGAACAAAUCAUGGGCAGUUCCGAAGGUAGGGCCAACGUGGUGCGGGCAUGGUCGGCUUCCAUUUGGAGGGAUGUGCCCUUUGGCGCCAUUCAGUUGGCCAUUUUCGAACUCGUCAAGGCGUAUAUACUCAACAAUCCAAACAUUGACUUUGAUAGCAGUACGUUGUCGUCGGAAGCCAUUAUUGGGGCCUUUGCGGGAGGAUGCGGGGCAUUUUUGACCAAUCCGGCCGAUGUCAUUACCACUCGUAUCAUUACGCAAUCCACCGAUGAAGAAGACGAGGACAACAAACCGCUGGGCUUUAGUGAAAUGGGACGACUCAUUUACGAAGAAGGAGGAGUCGGAGCGUUCUUUACCGGGUGGCAAGCGCGAGUGGGAUACUGGGCUCCGGCCAUUUCUAUCUUUCUGACGUGCUACUGCUCGGUCCGACAGGCGGGAGUACGGUACGAGCUGUUUGGAUAA